CCGCGCGUCCGCGCGACCGCGCGUCGCGUCGCCCGGCAGACGUACAUCUCUCCCGGCGCGGCGAUCUUCCGAGCGGCCGACGUUUCGGGCGAGGCGGACGCGAUGUUGAACAACAUGCGUGUGUACGGCACCGCCUUCCUCGCCUUCAUGGCCAUCGUGGUGUUCGUGGGCGUCAAGUACGUGAACAAGUUCGCCUCGCUCUUCCUCCUCUGCGUCAUCCUCUCCAUCUUCGCCAUCUACGCCGGCGUCAUCAAGACCGCGUUCGCGCCCCCCGAGUUCCCUAUCUGCAUGCUGGGUAACCGCACCCUCAACCGCAACGACUUCGACGUCUGUGCCAAGACGGUGACGGUGACGGCGGCGACGGACGGCGGCGAGACCCCCAACACCACGGGGAGCCCGCUGGGCCCCCUGGGCCCCCUGGGCCCCCUGGGCCCGCUGGGGCCGCUGGUGCGGACCACGCGGCUCUGGAGGCGUUUCUGCGACUCGGAGCUGCUGAACGCCACGUGCAGCGAGUACUUCACGCUCAACAACGUCACCGAGCUGCAGGGCAUACCUGGCGUGGCCAGCGGCAUCCUCAUCGAGAAUCUGUGGAACUCCUACACCGCUGGCGGUGCGCGUCUUGAGAAGUCAUCGCUGGGCUCUGUGGGCACCCUGGGGAGCGAGCGAGCGGAGCGCAGCCUCCCCUACGUCUACUCGGACAUCGCCACCUCGUUCACCGCCCUCGUGGGGAUCUUCUUCCCCUCCGUCACCGGCAUCAUGGCCGGUUCCAACCGCUCGGGAGAUCUGAAGGACGCCCAGAAGUCGAUCCCCAUUGGCACCAUCAUGGCCAUCACCACCACCUCGCUCGUCUACUUGAGCUCCGUGGUUCUGUUUGGCGCCUGUGUGGAGGGCACCGUGCUAAGAGACAAAUUUGGCGAGGGAGUGAACGGCAACUUGGUGGUGGCCACGCUGGCCUGGCCCUCCCCGUGGGUCAUCGUCAUCGGCUCCUUCUUCUCCACGUGCGGAGCCGGCCUACAGAGCCUCACUGGGGCCCCGCGCCUCCUGCAGGCCAUCGCCAAGGAUAACGUCGUGCCCUUCCUGCAGGUGUUUGGCCACGGCAAGGCGAAUGGGGAACCCACGUGGGCUCUGCUGCUCACCGCCUGCAUCGCCGAGAUCGGGAUCAUCAUUGCGUCACUCGACGUCGUCGCUCCCAUCCUGUCCAUGUUCUUCCUCAUGUGCUACAUGUUCGUGAACUUGGCCUGCGCGGUGCAGACGUUGCUCCGUACCCCCAACUGGAGACCACGCUUCAAAUAUUACCACUGGGCACUGUCGUUCCUGGGCAUGAGCAUCUGCCUCUCGCUGAUGUUCAUCUCGUCCUGGUACUACGCACUCGUCGCCAUGACCAUCGCUGGCAUGAUCUACAAGUACAUCGAAUACCGCGGGGCGGAGAAGGAGUGGGGUGAUGGGAUCCGCGGGCUGUCCCUGAGUGCCGCUCGAUUUGCUCUGCUUCGCUUGGAAGAGGGCCCACCACACACCAAGAACUGGAGGCCCCAGCUGCUGGUGCUGCUCAAGCUGGACGCGGAGCUGCAGGUGAAGAACGAGCGCCUGCUCAGCUUCGCCUCGCAGCUCAAGGCCGGCAAGGGCCUCCUCAUCGUGGGCUCCGUCCUGGAGGGAGCCUACCUGCAGAGCCACCGCGAGGUGCAGGGUGCCGAGCAGACGAUCCGCCGCCUGAUGGAGUCUGAGCGAGUGAAGGGCUUUAGCCAGGUGGUGGUGGCCUCGCGGGCCAGCGAGGGAGUUUCUCACCUGGUGCAGUCCAGCGGCCUGGGAGGCCUCAAGCCCAACACGGUGCUCAUGGGAUGGCCGGCUCGCUGGCGACAGAGCACCGAUCCACGCACCUGGAAGGACUUCAUCGAGACGGUGCGAGUGACGACGGCGGCGCACCGCGCGCUCCUCGUCGCCAAGAACGUCGCCGCCUUCCCCGGACGACAGCAGCGCUGGGCCGAGGGCUCCAUUGACCUGUGGUGGAUCGUCCACGAUGGCGGCAUGCUCAUGCUGCUGCCCUUCCUGCUGCGUCAACACAAGGUCUGGCGCAAGUGUAAGAUGCGCAUCUUCACGGUGGCACAGCUUGAGGACAACAGCAUCCAGAUGAAAAACGACCUCACCACCUUCCUCUACCACCUGCGCAUUGACGCCGAGGUGGAGGUGGUGGAGAUGCAUGACCACGACAUCUCGGCGUACACGUACGAGAAGACGCUCGUGAUGGAGCAGAGGUCGCAGAUGCUGCGUCAGAUGCAGCUCUCCAAGUACGAGCGCGAGAUGGAGAUCCAGAGCAUCACGGACGUCUCCCGUGGCUCCAUCAAGCGCAAGGCCACCACCACCACCACCACCACCACCGCCACCACCGCCACCACCGCCACCACCACCGCGACCGCCGCCACCGCCGCCACCGCCAGCGCCUCCCCGCUUGCGGUGGCGUCCGACCCGGCCGGCAGCUCCGCCGGGGCCUCCGACGAUCGCCAACAGCGGCAGCAGCAGCGGGAGGAGGAGGUGGAGGAGGAGGAGGAGGAGGAGGAAGGGAACCGCACGCCGGACCACGUGUGCACCGAUGAGGUGCAGCUCGUGCCGCCGGCUACUCCCGGCGCCGCGGGCCUUGAGGCUCAGGGCGCCGACGGGCCGGCCGCUCAGCUGAGCCCUGGCGAGGGCAGUGAGCGGCAGCGCACGUGGACACACGAGCGGGGCCGUGACGGGGACACCACGCCGGGCGAUGCCUGCACUCCACAGGGCCUCAAGGAUUUGUUCAACCUCAAACCGGAGUGGGAGAACCUGUGAGUAGUGCACCCGCUUACUCACCACUCACUCACCACUCACUCACCACUCACUCA